AUGGCCAGCAAUGUUACCAACAAGACAGAUCCUCGCUCCAUGAACUCCCGUGUAUUCAUUGGGAAUCUCAAUACUCUUGUGGUGAAGAAAUCUGAUGUGGAGGCCAUCUUCUCAAAGUAUGGCAAAAUUGUGGGUUGCUCUGUUCAUAAGGGCUUUGCCUUCGUUCAAUAUGUUAAUGAGAGAAAUGCCUGGGCUGCGGUGGCAGGAGAAGAUGGCAGAAUGAUCGCUGGCCAGGUUUUAGAUAUUAAUCUGGCUGCAGAGCCAAAAGUGAACCGAGGAAAAGCAGGUGUGAAACGAUCUGCAGCGGAGAUGUACGGCUCCUCUUUUGACUUGGACUAUGACUUUCAACGGGAUUAUUAUGACAGGAUGUACAGUUACCCAGCACGUGUUCCUCCUCCUCCUCCUAUUGCUCGGGCUGUAGUGCCCUCAAAAUGCCAAUGUGUAUCAGGAAAUACAUCAUGA